AUGGCUUUACAAAUUGAAAGCGCUAGACUGCUAACUUGGAGAGCUGCUUAUUUAAAAGAUAAUAAGAUGCCUUUUACAAAAGAGGCAGCCAUGGCCAAAUUAGCUGCUUCGGAAACUGCAACUUUUUGCGCACACCAAUGUAUACAGAUAUUAGGUGGAAUGGGUUACGUGACCGACAUGCCUGCAGAGCGUCAUUACAGAGAUGCAAGAAUAACAGAAAUCUACGAAGGAACAUCAGAAAUACAAAGACUCGUGAUAUCUGCCAAUAUCAUCAAAGAACUCGGAGGUUGA